GUCAUUUGAAGCAACAUUGUGUCUAGUUGUCAACAAAGCACGCCGCACUCAUGGCUAGACGUUAUUUAUUUUAGGUGGAAUUGGCCGACAUACUGUUUUUAACUUUGCAAGUAAAAUCCGCGAUUUUGUUGGCACUAACCAGCCUGGGUAUUCGCGGUAGCCAUUUUUUUUGCCCUGGAACAGGAACUUGCAGUAAUUUUCCCUUUCUCAUCUAGGAUGGCGGCAAAUGAGGGAGACGAAACGACUCUUUCCUUAGUAGAUGUUUUGGAAGAAGACGAGGAGUUGGAGAACGAGGCAUCAGCCGUUUUGGGGGGCAGUGAUUCUGAAAAGUGUUCAUAUCCAGAGGGGCAUGUGAAAAGACAGGCCCUAUAUGCCUGUAACACCUGUACACCAAAGGGGGUCGAACCUGCAGGCAUCUGUCUGGCCUGCUCUUACAAAUGCCAUGAGGGCCAUGAUCUAUUCGAACUGUACACCAAAAGAAACUUCCGGUGUGACUGUGGAAACAGCAAAUUUGGACAGACGGAGUGCAAGCUGUACUCUGAGAAAGAUCCAUUGAACACUGAUAACAAAUACAGCCAUAACUUCUUUGGUCUGUAUUGCACUUGUAACAGACCAUAUCCAGACCCUGAAGACCAUGUGGAAGAUGAAAUGAUUCAGUGCAUCGUCUGUGAGGACUGGCUCCACGGCAGGCACCUGAGCCGCCCUGUUCCAGAGUGUGUGGAGCUGCAGGAGAUGGUGUGCGAGUCGUGCAUGAACAAGAACGCCUUCCUGUGGAUCUACGCAGCCCACCUGGAAGUGCCCCCUGUGACCAAAGUCAGCCCGGGCAAAGUAGAGGAGGAGGUGAAGACGGAGGGAGAGCACAACGAGGAAGGGAAGGACAGAACAGAAGAGGCCUCCACAAGUCUCACCAACCACGGGGAGGACAUGUCAAAAGCCAAUGGGUCAUCGAGCUGUAAGAGGAAGCACCAGGAGACGGAGGUGGCGUCUCCCUCCGAGGCUCCGGAGUGCAGGCUGACCGAGCUGAAGAGCAGAGGGCCGGAGAAGGCCCGGACCGGAGCCGUGUUCUGGCCCUCAGCUUGGCGGACCAAGCUCUGCUCCUGUGCCAACUGCAAGAGGUCGUACGCAGACGCGGGCGUGUCCUUCCUGCUGGAUGAGUCCGACACCGUCCUGGCCUAUGAGAACAAGGGCAAGACCACAGAGCAGGAGCGGCGGGGCGGCGCCGAGGGUCGCGACCCGCUGAUGUCAGCCCUCGACAACCUCGGGCGCGUGCAGCAGCUGGAGAUCAUCCACGGAUACAAUGACAUGAAGACCGAGCUGAAGGAUUUCCUGCAGAGAUUCGCAGCUGAGGGAAAGGUGGUGACUCCGGAGGACAUCCGGCAGUUCUUCGAGCAGCAGCAGAGCCGCAAGAGGAGGCGGGCCAACGCCGGCCAGUACUACUGCAGCUGAAGAGGCUCCAUCCCAUCUGCCCCCCCCCCCCCCCCCCCCCCCCUUUCACGUCUCUCCUUCCCACAUUCCCAAACACCUGUCGCUACUUGACUUUUUGAUCUUCAUUUCCCCUAUGUCCCCACCCCCCCAAUUUCCCUAAAUGUGCCCCCCCCCGCGUCUUUGGAGUCCAUGUCUUCUGUUCGCCCGUCUCCUGUAUUUUCAACCAGUAUGCAUUUGAAACAUGUUUUGUACCGGCGAAUCGGUUUUGGUGUGUGAGCCUUGAUGCCGCUCUGAUCAACAGUGUGCUUUGUUGUCCUGGCUCCACCUCAGCAUAUGUACACUGUUCAUCAGGUCUCUGCAGGUUACUGAAGGAAAAACGAACCCCAGCCCGUCAUUUUAGAGGCUCACUUUGAUCAAUGUGGAAUGUAUCUUUAUUUCCCAGAAGAAGAGGCAUCUUAUUGUGGCUCUUUAAGACUCUUCCAGACUAAAGGAAAGAGCUGUAUACAGACAUUACAGACCCUGUGCUUAUGACAGCGGUUCCCCUGACAUUUCAUUAAGCAUUCAUUUGAGGGUAGACUUCAAUAGGUUCUUUCUUCAAACAUUCAAACUGAAUGCAUUACCCUUCACUGCCUUGCAGGGGUCAGAGAAAAGGGUCAAACCAUAGUUAACCUGGUCCAAACAAAGGCAUUUUUCUUCACAAUAUGCUCCAUUGCAUUAUCAUCUUGCUGAUUAAAUAAUGUCACUGCUGUACUUAUUACAUAUUCUUUAUUCAGACACAAGUGUAGUAGAAGUCAGUGCCGAACCACAUCGAAAUCCCUUGUUAAGUCUAACCAUGUUGGAUUUUUGUCCCUUUUUAGUGUUCUUUGAGAAAUAAAGAAAUUGUCAAUUUACUGUUUUGUUGGUCAAGUUUAUACAAGAAGCCACAGCUGUAAUUCACAGGGAAAAUGCAUUAUUUCCUCCCACACAGGGGAAUCAUAAAAUACCCUCUGUCCAUUAUCAUGGCUUAAUUUGAGUACUUUCUGCAUUGAUAGAUUUUAGGAAUAAAAGUUUUGAAUGUCAACUGAGACGAAAAUCAGUUUAGCUUGACAUUCUCACCAGCAGUAUUUUUUUUUCAUAAAGGAAAAAACUCCACACAAAUCUUUCAUUUCUAUCAAAGCUGUUUAUUUUGUCAGUCACCUAAAAUGCAGAUUUGAGCUCACCACUUUCACUCUCUUUAUCGAGAAGAGUAGAAAAAUAGAACUUCCACAAUUCCUUACAAGUAGCUACGAGAAUGCGUCUUAUCCUCUCUCUCUCUAUAUAUAUAUAUAUAUAUAUAUAUAUACAACAAAUAUAUGGGGCAUAUUUGUUUUAUAUAUAGAAAAAACUGUCUAUGUACAACAAACCAAUACUUUUUCAGAGACAAAGGUGCCUAAAAUAAAACCCCCAAAAAUACUCUUUGAAAAUCACUAUGUACACGAUGCACUGGCUACACUAUUACAAAGAGACUGGAUUGCGUGGGCAGGUAGAAAAAGGUUUGCAUAAGACGCAGGUAAGGAGGGUACCCGGCCACUGGCAGAGAAGGCACUCUCGUCUCCAUCCAUGGGUGGGGGGCGGGGGUUAAAACAGGAAGAGGACACAACUUGAACCAAAAGAACCCUCCCCGUACACCCCUGAAAGAGGAUGUUUAUGAAAGAAGAAAAAUAAGUUAAA